AUGUCUGAUUUGGGACUUGGAUUUCUGAACCCACAAUUUGUUCCUCCCCAAAAUGAGUUUCUACUUCAUUUGCUAAUCGAUUUCCCCAAUUUGGAGCUGGGAAACAGCUGUAAUGAAUUUGACAUCAUAAAUUCAACUAAACUAGAUGAGGAAAUUUUCAACCAUUACUCCUCUGUAAUGUUAUUGCCAAAAUCAUUUGACGGGAAGGACCAAACCAAGCCUACGCCCAUUAUUCGGAUGAGAGGAUUGCCAUAUUCAGCUGGGAAGGACGAUAUUAUUGAUUUCUUUAAAAAUUUCACUUUGUCAGAUGAGUCAGUUCACAUUGUCCUUAAUUUUGAUGGAAGGCCAAAUGGAGAAGCUUUUGUGGAGUUUGCUAAUGUGGAUGAUGCAAAAGAGGCCUUGGCUAAGGAUAGGAUGACUCUCGGGAAUCGUUAUGUAGAGCUGUUUCAGUCAUCACUUGAGGAGUUGAAUGAAGCUUUGUCAAGGGGAAGGUGA